AGCCUCUUUCCCUCUCUCUCUCUCUCUCUCUCUCUCUCUCUCUCAUGGGGAACAGAGCAGAGGAGAGCAGAGCAGAGGGGAGCACGUACAGUAGCAAUUUUUUUUUUAUUUAAUCUUUCCUGAAACUCUUCCCUAGAUUCCAUUGUGAGCGAAGAUGGGUUGCCCCCCACCUGCAGGUUCAGUAAUAAAGUCCACAUCUUCCAAUGCAAAGUUUAUUUUAUGCAAAUUUUUCCCCAUUCUUACCAUCUGGUGCCUUGUUUGGACAAUGGGUUAGCAAAUUUUUUAAUAUUCACUGGAUCUGAUCAGCUUCAGCUUCAUAUACAUCUCUGCAACUCUCAAACAUCCAUGGUGUCCGAGUUUUAUUCCCUGCACAUUUCUUUCCUUGAUCUGCAAAACUGCUCUGAGAGCUGCUUAAAUCUGGGUAUUAGCUCAAACAUCCAGUUGAGAUGUUGCGGGAAAUGGUGUGUGAAGCAUGAAUCUAAGGCAGUUCAUAUCUUUGUUUGCACUCUCAAGAUCUAAUCGAAGUGAAUAGAAGCCUAGAUUUUAGAACAUGACAUGGUUCAUAUCUGUUUAGUUACGAUCUACACUUCGCAAUUUUGAGGGGAAUUAGAUUUAUGUUUCUUAAUUUGGUGGGUUAAAGCUUGAAGAGUUCAUUGUUUGGGUUCAUCUAUACAGUUAUAUGGCAGAGAGGAAUGGAGCUAUCUUGAGAAAACACUAGAUUAGCUGUGGGGAGGAGAGGAUAAUGAGAUCCAUAGAGGAUAAGGGUUGUUGUAACUACGGACCAACACAUGAGAUCUCAACUGGAAAUGCAGCUAGUUUCGAGUUUCAUAAGGGAAAUGGAACAAAGCGCAAUUCACAUCAUCGAACGGCCUUGGGCAAACCAACCCCAUCCAAAUGGGAUGAUGCACAGAAAUGGCUAGUUGGGCUGUCAAGAGGGGGAGAUAAGUACAAUUCCAAACCGAGGAAUUCAAAUGCCGAUGACAGGAGACUAAUUGCCCCGGUUCCUCAAAAGGAAAAGGACUAUUCAAGCGGUGAAGACGAAGCAGAAGAAGAGGUAAACCAGUGUUCCGGGUCUGCACACGCAAUUCAAAAUGUAGAGACAAAGAAGGUAGACUGUGGGGAAUCGUUUUGGCGAAUCAGCAAGACUCCAGACGAUUCAACAACAGCCACAAGGUCUAUAUCUGUGAGGGAUAUGGGAACUGAGAUGACUCCCAUUGCAAGCCAAGAGCCUUCAAGAACAGCCACUCCUAUUAGAGCCACCACUCCUGCAGCAAGAAGCCCCAUGUCUUCAGGGUCUUCGACUCCGGGCAGGUGCGAACACGGUGGGCAGGCUGUUGAGAGCUACCAAAAGGGUCUGUCACCAACCGAGGGCAGAGACGAGGCUGCCCCUUUUGGCAGGGGGAAUGGGUCAGCCAGACAUUGCAAAGGAAAUGGAGAAGAAUCCAACAUUUGCAGGACUACUGAGAGCAAAAAUUUGGAGCAACCCGGAAAGCUGAAUUCCUUAGAAAGUAGAGCAAUGGCCUGGGACGAGGCCGAACGUGCCAAAUACAUGGCAAGGUACAAGCGCGAAGAGGUGAAAAUACAAGCAUGGGAGAAUCAUGAAAAGAGGAAAGCUGAAAUGGAAAUGAGGAGAAUGGAGGUGAAGGCUGAGAGAUUGAAAUCUCGGGCUCAAGAGAGGUUAACGAACAAACUUGCAGCAACUAGGAGAAUAGCCGAAGAGAGACGGACAAACGCAGAGGCAAAACUGAAUGAGAAAUCUGUGAGGACUUCUGAAAGGGCAGACUAUAUUAGGAGGACUGGUCAUUUGCCCUCUUCCUUCUCUUUCAAGCUGCCUUCCCUCUGCUGGUAGUAACUUUCAGUGUAUUUUUAUAUUGCAACAUUUUCUGGUAAUUCUGCUGUUUUAUUUUUCUUACUGUGAAUUUGUGGAUUCAUUGUGAAAUUUAUGAUUAUGUUGACUGCUGGGAAAUGCAUUUGUGGGGUUUUAACUCCUUGAAUAAAUUAGGGGGCACCCCAUUUAGAUUGAA